AUGUCGACCAAAACCUUCGUUGCGCCAAAUCUCCCAAUAAAAUCGGUUCUUUGCUUCAGAAGUCGCGCCGAAAUCCACCGAGAAUUCGAAGUUCCUUUGGAGAAGGGGUUGAACACCGUUAUUGUUGAGGUGAGUUAGUUUGAUGUUUGCCUUGAAGGGUUUUGCAAAUGAAACUUUCACUGGGCCUUUUAAAAAAGAAAGGAGUGUCAAAGGGCGAUAUAAUAUUUAUGGCAGUAGAAGUGAUCAGAAAUUUGUAGUUUCGGUAAAACAAUAUUUGUCAUCAAAAAGUGAGGAAUUUUUGUUAGAUCGGGCUGAAGAAAAGAAGGGAGGAUAACUUCUUUUCUACACAGAACAGUUGAAAAUACAUAAGAGGAAAACAUCAAUUCUAUUCUUGCCAAUCAACAGCAAAUUCUUUAACUUGUAUUUUGGGCAGUACCAAUAGAAGUAUAAAUUUAACGUCGAUGUCAUAAACUAGACCCACUUUUUAGCGUCUCCCCGCUUCUAUCAUUUCCAACUCGAUCCGAGUUGACGGUGAAUCCUCCAAUGAACAUGCAACCCUCCGAGAUGUCCAAUACAAAGAGUCCUUCACUCCAGAAGAAGACAAUUACUCCGACCAACUCAAGGCUGUGAUCAAAGAUUUGGAAGACCUAAAAGAAGAACAAGACAAGCUCAAUGACCAGGAGGCUCUUCUCGAAACUCGCUCUAAAGCCUUGGAUCGUCUCGUCGAAAACUUGACCUGUCAGACGCCUCGAGACUGCACAGUAAUGGUCACUGACGAAGUUGUCGACAGUUUCAAUCGGACCUUUAACUAUUACGAGACGAAGCAAGCCGAGUCUAAAGCCUCUUUGAGAGCUGUGCAGGUUGAGAAGAAAGCUUUGUACAAGAAGAUCUCCAAUUUGGAAAAACGCGUCCACGAGCUGAAAAAUAUCGACAACUUCAAGAGAUCGGUCCAUAUUUCGCUUGAUGCUGAGGAAGAUGUGACAAUAAAUUUGAAGCUGCAAUAUAAUGUUUAUGGUGCGAGUUGGGACACCUCAUACGAUCUUAGAGUUGAUACGAAGACGAAAAAAUUGUCGCUUCACUAUUUGGCCAGCAUUCGUCAGAUGACUGGAGAGGACUGGAAUGAUGUCCUCAUAUCUUUGAGUACGAAUGAGCCAGAAGAUGCGGGGCAGCUGCCACAGUUGAACACUUUGAUCGCGAAGUUUGAGGAGAAGUUUAAAACGUCUUGUUUAUUCGGGGAUGUGCCUCAGACUCAACAUAGUGAAAGCUUGAUUUACGAACAGUCCGAAACUCACUACGGGGAUAGCUCAAGUCAAAACUUGAAGAAACAUGUAGCCACCGUAAGCAGCAGCUUGGUGGCAACCACUUAUAAUCUCCCACUGGAGAGGACCAUCCUGACAAGACACGAGGAGACCAAGCUCACAAUAGCCGUGAAAACACUUGAUUAUGAUGUGGAACGUCAAGUGGUACCAUCAAAAUCAAAGACUGUCUUCUUGGUUGCCAGUGUUCUGAACUCGACCGAUCUGCAUCUGAUUGAAGGACCAGCGAAGGUCUACGUUGACAACUGUUAUGCGAACACGCUGAACUUGAAGCAGAUCUCGCCGAAUGAGCGGUUCCAAGUUGAACUUGGGAAGGAUCCCAAUGUGAAGGUGGAAUACAAGCCAAGGGACACGUUCCAACAACAAUCGGGGAUGAUUCAGAAGAGCAAUGUCACCGCGAACGAGCAGAAGAUCGUGUUGAAGAAUAAUAAUCAGGAGAACGUGGUGGUCACUGUGUUUGAUCAAGUGCCAAAGAGCAAUGACGAAAGGAUCAAGGUGAAUUCUCGUUUUUAAUAAGGUUUCCUUUUCUUACGAUUUGUUGACUGUGAUCCCCAAUUUCUUUUUUAGGUCAAACUUGGAAUGCCUGAUGUCAAACGCAUUGAGAAGAAGGCUGGUCACAGAAAACAGGAAAUUGGCACCAUCCUCACUGAACAAAAUAUUCUGGAGUGGACUGUGGAGGUUCCAGCCGGCGGACAAUCCGAGCUUCAUAUCAAAUACAACGUGGAAUAUCCCCAAAAUGAAAAUGUCGUCUACGCGGAGCAAUAUUAA